GGAUUUUUUAGGGAAAAGUUAUAGUAAGUAAAUUAUGCCUUAUAUAAUAAUAAGUGUUCAAAUAAGAACUGAACAUGGUCCAACAUUUUGUGGCGAUAAAGAUAGUGACGUAAAUCUUAUGUGUUAUUUAGAUGCUGUUAAAUUUCAAGAUGUUGGUCAAAAUUUUAUAGAAUAUCGAUCGCCACACCCACCAAGAAUAAUAUUGGAUAAGUUAGAGACAGUUGGAUACAAAGUAGUUUCUUGUGCAGGAUGUGGUCAAACUGUAAUAUGGACUUUACACAAAGAUUGAUUUUAAAUUUUAUUAAACAUGAUAUAGUUUAAUUCUUUUA